UACUUGUUUAAUAAUAUUUUUUUGUAGCACGGAGCAACACAAUUUGUUGCUAGCACCACCACGAAGAGAGUUCGAGAGAAUUGUUCAUUAAUUUUUGUUGUGUGCACGUGUGCGGGUGUAUGUGUGUGGUGUUUAUAUGCCAAAGGGCUCAAAGAAUAAAAUGAAAAAGCAACAAGAAACAUAAAUCGCGCAAAGUAAAUAGUAAAACACAAUUAUUUUAUGCACAAAUCAAACAAGCUUUUAUUGUUAAAACCUAAAUCAAAUCAAAACUAAAACACAGCAAAUGACGCAAUUGUAAGUCAAUGUAAAGGCAACAACAACAACGACCGAGAAAUAUAAACAAAUUCAACCAAAAUUAAACGAACCGGUGAAUACAUACAAAUAUAUACAUACAUACAUAACUGAUUAAAUAUUAGAAGCACAAAAUCAAAACUGAAAGGGUUUAUCUGAGUGUCUAACUGGAUAUGUCGUCGUAGCUAACGAAAAACUUUGACUAAAAAAAGGAGAGAGAGGAUAACAAAAAAAGAAAAUCGAAUCAAAUAUGGCUAAAGUUAGCAAUUGGGAUAAAUUUGUACUUUUACUAUGGAAAAACUGGACCCUACAAUGGAAUCACAAAUGGCAACUUGUCAUCGAAUUGCUGCUUCCGGCCGUAUUCUCAUUGCUAUUGGUUCUGGUACGGACUCUGGUCGUGGCCGAGCCAAUGCCAAUAAAAACCUACACCGAAUUGAAUAUAACCACUUUGCAGUUGUUCAAAGAUUCAAUGCAAAAUUCGCGUCGCAUGCACGCGCUCGUAGCGCUGCUAAUGUCCAAGAAGAAAAUGAGUGAAAGCAAAUAUCAAACCGGAAGCUCACCAAACUUUUGGCUAUAUUAUUCACCACAAAAUGACAUUCUGGAUAGUUUGGUCAAUGAGACGGUACACACUCUGGACAUGGGUGGCUAUACGGGCUCAGCGAAUGCAGCUCAAUUGCAAAGUGAUGUGGUUAAUAAGAAUGCAUUUGCUGGCAUUCAGUUUGAUGAUUCGUUGGCUAAUUUAAAUGAAUUGCCCGAUAAACUUGAUUUCGCUUUGCGUUUUCCAUCCGAAUCGCGGACAACAUCGCUGAACAUUGGUCUCACCUGGCUGACAAUGCGUCUAUUUCCCAUUAUCGAUUUAACUGGGCCACGUAAUGAGAAUGCCACUGAUGGUGGCAUACCAGUUGGUUAUCUACGCGAAGGAUUUCUACCCAUUCAACAUGCCCUGACCAUGGCGUAUCUCCGCCGAAGAGCACCCGAUUAUACAUUACCCGAAGUGGUUAUGCAACGUUAUCCCUAUCCCGAAUAUAUCUAUGAUCCAUUACUUGAGGGCUUGGCAUCGAUAAUGUCAUUAAUUAUAUUGCUAAGUUUCAUCUAUCCAUGCACUUACAUUACCAAGUACAUUACAUCGGAGAAGGAGAAACAACUGAAGGAGGUGAUGAAAAUAAUGGGUCUCUCGAAUUGGUUGCAUUGGACAGCUUGGUUUGUCAAGUCAUUCAUUAUGCUAACAAUAUCGGCGAUAUUGAUAGCCAUAUUAAUGAAAAUCCGUUGGUCCGAUGAUGUUGCCGUCCUAACACACUCAAGUUUUACGGCCUUAGUUUUGUUUUUGCUGGUCUAUGUGAUAACAAGUAUUUGCUUCUGCUUCAUGAUGGCCACAUUCUUUUCGAAAGCGAGCACAGCGGCCGCCGUGACGGGUCUAAUCUGGUUUAUUGCCUAUAUACCAUUCUCAUUCACGAUAAACACGUACGAUGAUCUAACAUUGGGUACCAAACUGGGCUGGAGUCUGGUAUCGAACACGGCAAUGGGUUUCGGUGUCAAAUUGAUACUCGGCUUUGAGGGCACCGGCGAAGGAUUGCAAUGGGGUAAUUUGUUUACCCCCGUUUCUGUGGAUGAUACCCUUACCGUGGGCAUGGUUAUGGUUAUGAUGAUUGUGUCGUGUUUCAUUUACAUGACCAUCUGUUUGUAUGUGGAGCAAAUAUUUCCUGGAGAAUUUGGUGUGCCACGGAAAUGGAAUUUCCCGUUUAGCCGAAAGUUUUGGUGUGGCGAAAGUGAUUAUAUCGGGGUCGAGGAUAUGCCAGCCAAUGGAGAUAUGCAGCGCGAUCCCAAUGCAUUUGAGACUGAACCCGAGGGCAAGCAUAUUGGUUUACAGAUGCGUCACUUAAAGAAGAGAUUCGGCGACAAAACGGUUGUCAAGGGACUCUCGAUGAAUAUGUUUGAGGACGAGAUCACCGUUCUGCUGGGCCACAAUGGAGCCGGUAAGACGACAACCAUUUCCAUGCUAACUGGCAUGUUCCCACCCACAGCCGGCACGGCCAUUAUCAAUGGCAGCGAUAUACGCACCAAUAUCGAUGGGGCACGCAUGUCCCUGGGCAUUUGUCCGCAACACAAUGUCCUCUUCGACGAGAUGAGUGUGUCGAAUCAUAUACGUUUCUUUAGUCGACUGAAGGGUUUGCAUGGCAAAGAAGUUGAAAACGAAGUGGCCAAAUAUUUGAAGAUGAUCGAACUCGAGGACAAGGCAAAUGUGGCCUCAUCCAAACUAUCGGGUGGCAUGAAACGUAAACUCUCCGUCUGCUGUGCCCUCUGCGGUGAUACAAAGGUGGUGCUAUGUGAUGAGCCCAGUUCCGGCAUGGAUCCAUCGGCCCGACGACAAUUAUGGGAUCUAUUGCAACAGGAGAAAAUAGGUCGCACUUUGCUGCUAACCACUCACUUCAUGGAUGAGGCUGAUGUCCUGGGCGAUCGUAUUGCCAUUAUGUGUGAUGGUGAACUCAAAUGUCAUGGAACCUCGUUCUUUUUGAAGAAACAAUACGGUUCAGGCUAUCGUCUGAUUUGUGUGAAGCGCGAUAAUUGCCAAACCUCUGAAGUGACAGCGUUGCUCAAUGAGUUUAUACCCGGCCUGCAGCCUGAGAGUGAUUUGGGUGCCGAAUUAUCGUAUCAAUUGCCCGAUAUGUAUUCAAAUAAAUUUGAACAAAUGUUCGGUCAGCUUGAGGAGCGUUCGCAGGAGUUGCAUUUGAAUGGCUAUGGUGUGGGCAUAACAUCCAUGGAGGAGGUUUUCAUGAAGGUUGGCGCCGAAAAGGGCAGCGAUGGCAAACUAAAGGAUCAACAUGCCAUUAUGAAUGGCGGCACCGGCUAUGCCGAUGAGGACAAUGAAUCCAUGCAAUCUGAUGGCAUCUUCUCGGAGAAUCGUCGUUUACUGCAGGGCAUGCAAUUAUUUAAAAACCAAUGGCAGGCCAUGAUACUGAAGAAGGCUCUCUACACAUGGCGUAAUAAGUUGCUACUAUUGAUACAAAACAUAAUGCCAAUAUUCUUUGUAUCGAUGACUAUUAUAAUUACACGUAAUCAGGGCACAUUUCAAGAGCUAAAACCGAUUACAAUGAGUCUAACGCAAUAUCCUGUCGCCGUAUCGGUAAUGGAACGUGCCCCGGAUGUAGUUAAUAACUCUCAAGGCUGGCUUAUAUCCAAUGAAUAUGAGAAAAUUGUUAAUUCCUAUGGCAGUGAUUAUGGCUAUGAAUCGACGGGAGCGAAAAAUUUCACCGAAUACAUCUUGGACCUGGGCAAGACCAUACAAGUGCGCAUCAAUUCACGUUAUUUGGCCGCAGCCAGCAUUGGAGAGAAUAAAAUAGUGGCCUGGUUGAACAAUCAGCCAUUGCAUACGGCUCCAUUGACAGUGAAUUUGGUUCAUAAUGCCAUAGCCCAUGCCCUGAUCGGGCCGGAGUGCAGCAUUAGUAUAACGAAUGCCCCAUUGCCAUAUACGACCAGCACGGUGUUGAAUCAAUUGAAUACGGGCAACAAUCUGGGCACACAAUUGGCCACAAAUCUCUGCUUCUGCAUGUGUUUCGUUAGUGCCAUAUAUAUAUUAUUUUUGAUCAAAGAACGCGAAUCGAGAUCAAAACUAUUGCAAUUUGUGGGCGGCGUUAAGGUCUGGACGUAUUGGCUAUCGCAAUUGCUAUGGGAUUUUGCCACCUACGCAUUCACAGCUUUGGUUGUUGUUCUCACCAUAUUGUGUUUCCAAGAGGAGGGCUUUACCCGCUUUGCCGAACUUGGCAGAUAUUUCCUACUACUAUUAAUCUUUGGUUGCUCUGUGCUUCCCUUUACCUAUCUUAUAUCAUUAUUUUUCCGUGAACCUGCAACUGGAUUUGCCCGUAUAUCGAUUAUCAAUAUAUUUGCUGGCAUGGCUUUGUUCAUAGUGGUUGUUGUCAUGUCAUUUGAUUUCUUUGAUACCAAAGAUACGGCCAAUCUAUUGGGCUGGAUUUUCCGCAUAUUUCCACAUUUCUCUUUGGCCAUGGGUCUCAAUAAGGUCUACAUGAAUGUGGCAACACGAAAUGCCUGCGAAAAGGUCGGCGCCCUACCACCCAUUCUUCUAUGCGAAUUGAUACCCAAAUGCUGCAAUCUCAAACCAUAUUUCGACUGGGAGGAGCCGGGUGUGCUGCCGGAAACGAUUUAUAUGGCCGCUACGGCAGUUAUAUUCUUCCUGAUUAUUAUUCUAAGAGAAUUUGGCCUGUUCAAUGAGCUUAUCUAUAUGGUUAGAAAGCAUGCCAUCAAAUCACCUCCACCACCAGAGGAUGGCUAUUUCGAUGAGGAUGUGGAGAUUGAACGUCAACGUAUACUUAAUAUGCAAUCCACCGAUUUGAUACAAAAGAAUUUAGUUUUGGAUCGUGUUACCAAAUACUAUGGUAAAUUUUUAGCUGUCAAUCAGGUCUCGCUAUGUGUGGAGGAAGUUGAAUGCUUUGGCUUGCUGGGCGUGAAUGGAGCUGGUAAAACGACCACUUUCAAAAUGAUGACUGGCGAUGAGCGCAUCAGUUUUGGUUCAGCCUAUGUUCAGGGCCUUAGCUUGGAGUCCGACAUGAAUAGUAUCUAUAAGAAAAUCGGCUAUUGUCCACAAUUCGAUGCUCUGCUCGAUGAUCUCACCGGGCGCGAAACAUUGCGUAUCUUUAGCUUAUUGCGCGGUGUUCAGCCAUCGCGUAUAAACCAAUUGUCUGAGGAUUUGGCCAAAUCAUUUGGCUUUAUGAAACACAUUGAUAAAGAGACGCGUGCGUAUAGCGGUGGCAAUAAGCGUAAAUUGAGCACAGCCAUCGCUGUGAUUGGUAGUCCAUCGGUUAUCUAUUUGGAUGAGCCAACAACGGGCAUGGAUCCGGCGGCUAGACGUCAACUCUGGAAUAUGGUUUGUCGCAUACGCGACUCGGGUAAAUCUAUUGUAUUAACCUCUCACAGCAUGGAGGAAUGUGAGGCAUUGUGUACCCGAUUGGCCAUUAUGGUUAAUGGUGAAUUCAAAUGCAUUGGCUCGACGCAGCAUUUAAAGAACAAAUUCUCCAAGGGUCUAAUACUUAAGAUUAAAGUACGACGCAAUAUCGAAGCAUUGAGGCAGGCACGAAAGAGUAGCAGCUAUUCGAGGCAUACCGAUGAGCCAACGAUUCCGGUGCAGUUGGCUCAGCAGAGUAUCAAUACGGUUAAGGAGUUUGUCGAGUCUGAAUUCCCUCAGUCUGUAUUGCAGGAGGAAUACCAGGGUAUUCUUACAUUUUACAUUCCAUUGACUGGCAUUAAAUGGUCACAGAUAUUUGGUCUAAUGGAACGCAAACGUGAUGAAUUGAAUAUUGAGGAUUAUUCAAUAAGCCAGACGACGCUAGAAGAGAUAUUCCUUGAGUUUGCCAAAUAUCAACGCGAGGAUCCGCGUUCCGUUAAGAAACCCAAAGUAAGAAAACUUUGCGCAUGCCUUGACGAUUAUUGAAGAAGCACUAGCAAGAUCCACUACAAAUACCUGAUGUAAUAUGAUGCGAUAGAACACCGAUGCACAAAGAAAAAAGAACACAAAAACGAUUAGUUUUUAAGUAGUUAUGAAUUGAACUAAUAAAUAUGAACGGAUAUGCCUUGUUGUCAUGUGAUCUACUAAAAAUACCCAAACAUAACACAAAUGAAUGAGAAUGUAUAGCAUAUACAUAUAUAUCGUAUUCAUUCUUGAUCUGCGAUCAAACGAUCCAUUAUUAGCACAAACCAAAAAAAAAAAAAUCCAAAGAUUUUUUAUUCUACUAUAAACCAAAACGAUUUCAAGUAUUUAAUGACAAGCACGAGAUUGGCGCCUUGUAGGAUAUAACUCUAUAUAUAUAUAUAAAUCAAAAAAUAUAUAUAUGUAUGUACUUACAAAAUGAAUGUAGAAUGUAAUAAUAAUAAUAAACAAAUCAAACAAGUGCAGCCCGAAGUAACAUAUAAGUCAAUUUACCUGUGGAACAACUGUGAACGUAUGAGAAUUUAUAAUAUGUAAUUAUUAUAUUAUAUUAUGAUGUGUGACGAUUGUUAUGGAAAAUGAAGCAAAACCAUUAUGUAAAAUGUGUAAUUUAUGUAUAUUUUAUGUUUUAAUUAUGUUUAUGUCUUCAAAUAAUGAAAUAAAGAGCACGAAACGAUUGUAAAUUGA